AUGGCACCCAAAAAAGACAAGCAAAAAGAAUCAACCAGACAAUCUAAGCCAUCUCAGUCGCCCUCCCAGUCGCUCCGAAUCCUUCCUUCAUCUAUGAGUCAAAAUAAGCCAGAAAUUCCCAAACAGGUAGUCCCUUACCCUGGUCACCCACCAAUUUCAGUUGCCACACCAAUAUCAGUUGCUAACAAGUUUUCUGCUUUAGGUUCCACAAUUGGCCAGAUACGCCCUAGUUACCAAUCGACCCUAAUCUCUAGUUAUGAUCCUUUCUCAGUUGAUCCUUCAGUUGGUCCCUCAAAAUUCAAGUCUCCUCUUCCCUUCUGGUUUCUCCACUGGUGGGAAAAGCAUGGUCCAGUUGAUGAAAUUCUGCCCAUCUCAGAUCAUGAGCUAAUUCGUCAUUAUACUAAAAAAGUCAAGUUCUCCAAAGUUGAUUUAUUUUUCCCGAAACAGUUGCUUUUUAUUGCCAGAUACAAAGUUCCUUGGAUUCUCAAAUGGUCCUACAAAGUUGCCAGAGAUACUACCAGAGUUCUUGCUCGCCAAUUCUCAGUUAAACGGAGGGACAAAUUUGAAGUUGACAGAAUUGCCAAAUAUAUAUACAAUGAUCUGCCCCAAGAACCUAUUCCGCAUCCAGUCUCCCUCACUGGUUCGACCCGAUCUUCUCUUUCAGUUGAAGGAAAAUCGAAGUCCGAACUCCAAGAAAUUGCCCGUCAGUUGAUAAUCCAAGCCUCUCAAAUGGAUGAUGAUGAAGACAAUGAUUCCCCUUCAUCGUCCAGUUGUCAACCCAUGCAAAGCCCUGCCAAGAAAAAGUCUUGGUAUGAAGAUAGUCAAGAUCCAUACGAUGCUUAUGAUUUGAAUUCUGACUAA